AAAAUCUUUCAACUUUUGUUACCAAAUAACAUCAGCCUCAAUUUCCGUCAUAAUUUUUCGAUAAGUUACACAUUAGUGUUUGAUUAUAAUAGUGCCACCAGAGCGCUGUAAAAAUGGGAAACAGCCCAUCAAAGCUAUCACCUCCAUAUGUAUUAAACUGCGAGAAGUAUACAAUAUACAAGGAAGAACAUCAGCCAGAAGAGUUAAAGGCUGGAAUUAGAUUACGGUUUUCUGAGAAUGUGAAGAACACGAGAUUGUUAAGAUGUAUAAUAUUAGGAGGAGGAAAUCGAGGACAAAACUACGCAUCAUAUGCUUUAGAUUUCCCACAAUUGGUAAAAAUUGUUGCUAUCGCCGACCCAAGACUACACGUGCGUAAACAGUUUGAAAGGCUGUAUCAUAUACCUGAAAGAAUGCAAUUUAAAGAUUGGCUUGAAAUUGCUGCUUUAGACAAAAUAGCAGAUUUUGUUUGUAUCUGCACUCCCAAUACAUCACAUAAACAAGCUUGUGUUGCAUUUGCAAGAAAAAAAUAUCAUAUAUUAUUGGAAAAACCUAUGGCUACCACAAAACAAGAUUGCAUUGAAAUUGUCAAAGAAUGUAAAGAAAAUAAAGUAAUGUUGACAGUAUGCCACGUUCUUCGAUAUUAUCCGCCCAACAAAAAGAUCAAAGAACUGAUCGACUCUGGUAUUAUAGGAGAUGUUGUCAACAUACAACAUCUUGAACCGAUUGGAUUUUGUCAUUUUGCACACAAUUAUGUUCGAGGCAAAUUUGGGAAUGCCAUAGCAAGCUGUUCUUCUCUUCUCGCUAAAUCGUGCCAUGACAUAGAUUUGAUUUUAUUUUGGAUGGGUGGACAGAAAGGAAUCGAUGAUAGAACAUCUUGUGUAUGUACUAGAGUGUCAUCAUUUGGAUCUUUAAUUCAUUUUAAAAAAGAAAAUAAGCCAGAAGGUGCUGGUGAUAGAUGUUACGAAUGUUCAGUAGUGAAUUCGUGUCCGUAUUCUGCAUCGAGGAUGUAUCUUGACAGGGCAAAAUCUGGACAUUGGGGUUGGCCUGUGUCAUUUGUAACUGAUGUAGAAGAUAUUGCAGUACUAACCGAUCGACUUCAGAAUGGUCCUUAUGGAAGAUGUGUUUAUGCUUGUGAUAAUGAUGUCUGUGAUAAUCAGGUUGUCAAUUUUCAAUUCAGUGGAGGACAGAUAGCUACAUUUUCUAUGGUUGCUUUCGCGAAAAACGAUCGCGAUAGAAAAACUAGAAUAUUUGGCACUAGGGGUGAAAUAUCGUAUGUUGGGGGAUCACACGUGAAGCAUUAUGAUUUCUUGACUCGAAAUACAAAGGAAUAUCAUUGUACUGCUGGAUUGGGAGAUAUGACAAGAAUGAAAGGACACAGUGGUGCUGAUUUUCAUCUUAUGGAUUCUUUUGUUAAAGCUGUCAUGUAUAAUGACCCAAGUUACAUCCAAAGUGGACCGGAUGAAACAUUGAAGAGUCAUAUGCUAGUAUUUGCUGCAGAAGAGUCGAGAUUAAAAGGAAAAACCUUGAAAGUAUCAAGUGAUUUGAACUGGGAUAGUUAAAGGCCUAAUGGAGUAUCUGAUUUUUCUAUGUGUGUGAAUUUGUCAUGUAUCUCAGUGAAAAAUGUAAAGAUCUUGUUAAAUUUACGAAAAUGUUCGCACGCUUUUAUUGAAUCAUAGUCCAUCAUGACAUACUGCAUAUCUUUCACUACCUUAUAUUUAUACGAUUCGAAGUACAUCCACGCUGGUUAUAGACUAAAUGUUCCAUGAAAGUGCCAGAUGGUCCAUUAUUUUGGAAUGAUUCAUCAGUGCAGCUUACUUUAUUUGCAUCCUAGUUUUGCUUCACAUUGAUUGCCACAAUUAUUAGUUAAAUUUUCUCUUCUUUAUAUCUUAUUUCAAACUUCCACAUUUACUCCAUUAUAUGAUCUUGCACUUUUCUGAACACACCCAAGCUGAAGUUAAUAAAACAUUUUAUGAUCCCGCCUUUCCACUAUAAGAUACUAUAAUCAAUGUUAUAAUGUUCCUAAAUUUCUUGGAAGUCUGCCACUC